AUGAAUAUGAACAGUCCGGCGAGUCGUUCAAUGCUUGGCGGUGAGACCCCUGCUCACGGUGGUCCCAGUUCGGUUCUCGGAGGACCGUCGUCGAUUCUAACAGGUCACGGACCGAAUUCAGUGAUGGGACCCAAUUCGAUUCUCGGUCCUGGAAGUAUGGUUAAUCCACAAUCGAUUCAACCGAUGCAGUCGCAUCAGAUGCAUAGUCUCCAAGGCUCCUCAAUGCAAAUGCACUCUCAUCUCGCCAAUUCCAAUCUGAAUCUCAACAUAAACCCCGCCUCCGUGGGACCAGACCGUAAUCCGGGAUCAGUAAUGCAUCACAGUAUGGAUAUCAACCCACCGUCAGUCGCCUUUCAAAAUCUGGCCAUUCCAAUGACACCAAUCGCCUAUAAUAACUUCGAGAGGGACUCUCUGAUCCAUCCACCAGCCAGUAACAUCGCCGCCACAAUGGUUCCAGCCACUCCAGCGAGUCAACUCGACAUACCCAUGCCGGCUCUUCAGAAUAUUGUUUCAACUGUCAAUUUGGGAGUCCCAUUGGAUCUGAAAAAGAUUGCUUUGCACGCCAGAAACGCCGAAUACAAUCCGAAACGUUUCGCGGCGGUUAUCAUGAGAAUUCGUGAGCCGAGAACUACUGCUCUCAUCUUUUCAAGUGGUAAAAUGGUGUGCACUGGAGCGAAAUCAGAGGAGGCUAGUCGACUUGCUGCUCGAAAAUAUGCGAGAAUUGUACAAAAAUUGGGAUUCCAGGCGAAAUUCACUGAGUUUAUGGUCCAAAACAUGGUCGGCUCAUGCGAUGUCCGUUUCCCGAUUCAACUUGAAGGAUUAUGCAUUACUCACGCUCAGUUCAGUACCUAUGAGCCCGAACUGUUUCCCGGAUUGAUUUAUCGAAUGGUUAAGCCGAGAGUUGUGCUGCUGAUUUUUGUGUCGGGAAAGGUUGUUAUCACUGGAGCCAAAACGAAGAAGGACAUUGACGACGCGUUCGGGCAAAUCUAUCCUAUAUUGAAGGGAUUCAAGAAAUAA